UCACUGAAGAUCUUGUUAGAAGACGUGCAGAACACAACAACUGUGAAAUUUUUUCACUGGAAGAAAUCGCUUUACAUCAGCAGGAGAUAGAAAGACUAGAGCAUCUUGACAAAUGGUGUCGAGGUUUAAAAAUUCUCUAUCUUCAGAAUAAUCUAAUUCCAAAAAUUGAAAAUGUGGGCAGACUAAAGAAGCUGGAAUAUUUAAAUGUAGCUUUGAACAACAUUGAAAGAAUUGAAAAUCUGGAAGGCUGUGAAGAACUGAAGAAACUUGACCUGACAGCAAAUUUCAUUGGUGAACUCUCCAGUAUUGAAGCCCUAAAACACAAUACACAUCUGAAGGAACUGUUUCUAGUGGGUAACCCAUGUACUGAAUUCGAAGGUUAUAGACAAUUUGUAGUGGCAACUCUUCAUCAAUUAAAAUGUUUGGACAGUAAAGAAAUUGAACGUUCAGAGAGGAUUCAAGCCCUUCAAGACUAUCCAGAAGUCAAACAGAAAAUCAGAGAACAAGAGCAAGCUUACCUUCUCAAAAGGGCCAGAGAAAAAGAAGAAGCUCAAAGAAGGAUGCAAGAAAGAAAGGACAAGAAACAAAAACCAACGGGAUCUAAGCUUGGUUUUGACAGCCCGGACUCUGUGCAGGACAAAGAAAACCAUCAGGCUGAAGGAGAUGGAGAAGACGAAACACAGAGAACGACUGAAGAUGAUGAAGAUGACAGAAGAUUUUGGGAGGAACCUACGCCAUAUACUCCAGAAUCUAGAUUAGAAACUCACAGAUAUAUUGAAGAAAAAAGGAGAGCUAAAGAGAAUAGAAG